GUGCAAUGUGCUACCCAUUUCAGCCAAAGUUUCUCUCUCAGAUAGCCAAACUUUCUUCACAUCUCUUUCAAUCGAAAUCGAAGAAAUAAACAAUGGCCUUUUUACUCAAUAAAAGCGCGCUCUCGGCGCUCCGACUCAAUUCUAAAGGAAAUGAUUCGCUGACGAUCUCGAGGCGUGGGUUUCACGUUGAGCCAGGGGCUCGCGAGAAGGCUCUCUUGGCAGAGGACUCGUCACUGAAACGCUUCAAAUCGCCUAAGAAAAGUGUGCGCCGACUCAAAAUUGUGGGAGAUGUUCUUACAGUCGUUGUUGUAGCUGGAUGCUGCUACGAGAUCUAUGUUAGAGCAGUAAUGCGGGAAGAAGCACGCAAGCAGGCGAACGAGAGUGCUUGAUGAUUUCUGCAAUUUAAUUGCAAUAAUGCCUUUUGCUAAUUUGAUAUUUCUAGUGCUGCAAAACCUGUGUUUGAUGUGAGAUGGUGUGGUAUUGAAAUAAAGUGGUUUAGUUUAGUUCGAAUAUUUGCAAAAGCUUAUUUAAACGCAGAAGUUAUGGAUUCUGCGUUAAGUUGGUUUUAAGUGCUUAUUUC